CUGCUAUCUAUAGAGGUUAUGUUAUUGUUUUUAUAACUUAUUACUUACUUGAGAAGGUUUUACUUAUUCAAUAUGAGUGAAAUUGCAGUGUUAUUCGAGGGAUAUUCAGUAAUGAGUGGUAAAGAUGAGAUGAUUGCAAACUGUAGUUGUACUUUAGUAAGAGGCGAUCAUAAUAUAAUCGUGGAUACCAUGACUUCUUGGGACUCUGAAAAAAUAAUAAAUGCAUUAAAACAAUUUGACAUUACUCCAGAGGAUAUACAUUAUGUGGUAUCGACUCAUGGCCAUUCUGAUCACAUAGGAAAUAACAAUCUUUUUUUGAAAGCCAAACAUAUUGUUGGAUUCAGUGUUUCACAUAAGGAUAAAUACUAUUCUCAUGCAUUUGACAAAGGGGAAGAAUACACAAUCAAUCAAAGUGUAAAAGUUUUACCAACUCCUGGUCACACAUUGUCAGAUGUCACAGUUGUUGUCCGCUCCAAAGAUGGUGAAACAGUUGCAAUAACUGGAGACCUUUUUGAAAAAUUAGAAGAUAUUGAGAAUCCAAACAUAUGGUUGGAAGCCGGGAGUGAUGAUCCAGUUGUACAGAUCAAACAUAGAGCUAAAGUAGCUGAGAUAGCAGACCAGAUCAUACCAGGCCAUGGGCCCCAAUUCAAGGUGACUGAUAGAAUCAGGGAAUUGUUAAAAAGACAAGUAAAUGAUACUCCAUUAAUUAAUAAGUGAAAACAAUUACAUUGUUACCAAUUCCACAUAUAAGUGGGAGAAAAGUAUAUAAUUCCUACUCAUGUUCUCUGACUAAAUCCAUGGAUUUGAACUGCUUACAUACUUAGUACUGUUUGUGAACAUUGGUUUCAAGGUCUCUUUCCAAAUGAAAACAAAAUGCAUUGAAUUCAAAUUUUAUUACAGUAAAUCAAUUGCAUAGUUGCAAAAAUGAUUCGUGCACAAGCAAAUGAUUGACAAACGUAAGUUUUUUGUAAACACUAUAAACACAUGAAGAAACAAAAGAACCCUGUGGAAACACUCAAUUAGAGCUAACAUCAUGUGUAGUAUACAAAAAGUAUGGUGUUUAUUUAUUUCUGAAAGCUAUUUAUAAAGCUCGCAGAAAAAUGCAAAAGAUAUUAUUAAAACCAUAAAGUAAUUAUUUUCUAACUUUAAGAAUAACUUAAGAAAUAUAUAAUUAUUACCUACAUAUGGUUUCACAAACCUUCAAAUAUUUUGUUAGAACAAUAACAGAAUAUUUUAACAAAAACAAAAACACAUUAGGGGCUUAUCCGACACAGAGCGUUCUUGCAGUCGAUUGCAUGUCGCUCCUUUUUUUCAACAAAGAGAACGCAAAACUUAAGCGCUUGGCCGCGUGACCACUCUCUGCCUGAAAAAUCUCUCAUCUAAUUAAAUUAGGAAACUAUGUCCAUUCCAUGGACAUCUUGUUAUAUAAUUUGGAAUUUUCAAUUAUAAUUGAAAAUAACGUUCUCUUUCUUUGUGAUCAAACCAUAAGUGGAAAGACCUGACAAAUAUCUAUCUUCAAAUCUAAAGAAGAGGGACUAGAUCUAAAUAAGGUAUACCAAAUGUAAAAAAUGUAAUGUACUACAUUUGUAAUAAAUGUAUUAACACAUGGGAAACAAAUAUUUGUUUCAACAAGUAUAUAUUAUAAACAUGUAUCAGUGAAUGACAAAUAAAUGUAUUAAACUACAU